UACUACUACUACUACUACUACUAAGUUACUGUUAUCCUCAUCUCCGAUUCUUAUAUAUUCUUUUCCGUUUCUGUUUUUCUUUUUACUUCUGCUCUGGCUCCCCCUUCUCCCCUUGCCUUGCGUGUCCCCCGUCCCGUCCCGAGCCCGACCGACCGACCGACCCUCCAUCCCCAUCCUCCGCCUACUAGACCAGACCCACGACCGGACUGGACUGGACUGGACUUGGACUUGGACUCGCUGCCCAACUCGUUCCGUCCACCGCUUGUCGCGUCAAUCCUGUCAACGUGUUCAACGUGUCCACGCCACGAGCAAGCAACAGCAACCAAAGAAAAAAAAUAAUAGAAAAAAAAAAAAGAAAACCCGGGGGGGGGGGUCCAAACAGAGAGAAACUGUGUGGGAGUGAGAGGGCAAACCAAUAGUUAAUAAAUAAAUAACCUGCCCAGUCAACCCCUCAGCGGCCAGUCCUCUUUUUUUUUUUUUUUUUUUUUUCUUCUCUUUUCUCUUUCUUCUCAGGUUGAACAGGACCAUCCGCGCCGUAAGAGGAACAACCGGCCUGCAUCUUAUCCCUUUCCUCCCAUCCGCAUUGAUUUCCAUGCUUCAAGAUUCCGGAACAUAUUCAGAGCGGCAAGCGGGUGCUUGCUGCUGCUACAGACGACACGGAAAGCUCACCUUUGUCCGCGGAUUCGGCCAACCCGGUGUUCCGUCUAACAUCUGUUAGCGGACAGAGCGAGACAGCUCCAGCGGAAGACCUCCCCAUCGCGACAAUACCAUCUCUGAGGCGUUCGGUGACUCCAGGGGCUUCAGGCCUCCAGGCUGCUCCCUCGCUCGGAUUGCUGCCCCGAAUCCCUUCCCCGGCUUCCAGCAACAACAACAAUAACAACAAAAACGGUGCCGGCGGCGUGGUCUCUCUGCCCUCGUUACCCAAGUACCACACUGAGUCAGAUUCGCUCUCCUCGUCUCCCGAACACCGGAAGACUGAUAGUAGCGUCUAUUACACUACGGUCUGGGGCUCCCCGUAUGCGACUCCGAGUCCUAAGCGAUAUCCCUCGUCUUCGUUGAGAUAUCGUCGGCGGGAAGAAGACGAAGACGAAGUAGGAGAAGGAGACUACAGCAAUACUAAUAACAGCGGGGAAGAUUCUCCUUCGUCCACGAAGAGUACCCAUCCCGAAGCAAGAAAGGCUAGUGGUGAUAAGAGUAAGAAUAAAAACAACGGUUCCCGAAAGCCAUCCUCCUCGCGCGUCUCGAGGCGUUUCUACGGCUCUAUCAGUCGAGGUGCGGCAAGGGGCCGACACGGGAAUCCUAUCAAGGAUUUCACCGCAGAGUGGAUCAACCAGUAUCUGUCAGGACAGCAGAGAACGGAGCGUACAAACUGGUUGAGUGACGACUCGGCGGAUAGCGGCACGGGUUCAUUCCUGACGGCCAGAAAUCACCUGAGCGAGGAUCAAUCGGAGGGUUGGCUUGGUCUAGAGGACGAUUCCCAGGACGAGGAUCUCCUCAAGACUCCGACAUCGCGUACCUUUGGUCGAAGCAUAUCGAAGGACUUGCUUGUUCCUCGGGACACCCGCCGUCAGCCUCUAUCUAGAAUCCGACCAAGACACAUCCCGAAGAAAAGCACGGAUACUUUGAAACAGUCUGACUUUUGGGAUAUCGGACACGAACUGGACGGUGUUCCUGCUACAGCAGCUACCAUGUCCGACAAAGAGGCUCAAUCCAAGGCGGCCCUGAGCCCGCACCCAAACGGCUCGUCAUCAGCGGGUGAUUCGAGUCUUCCGAUAUCGCCCAUUGAUAAACCACUCCCUCCACCACCACCACCACCACCAAAUGAAGAGAAUGGCGGUGUCAAUCACCCACCACCUCUCCCCGACAGUCCACGCGUUGCCCCCAAACAAUCGAGGACGUCAACGCCUGCUUUUCAACGGCCGAGGAAGAAAGUUUUGUGGGGAAAGAGGCAAUGUUUUAUUGCAUUACCCCUUGACGACCGUCGCGGUUCCAGCCAUGGGGGCUUCUCCCUGCUUACUCCAGAUGAUGUCGACAACCGGUUGAAGGAGUGGAAGCAACAGGGGUAUGAUAUUCGUGGCUUUGACGACGGGUCUCGGUUUGGAGGUUCAGAUGCCAGCUCACAAAGUCGACCAGCAUUCCCGGACCCAUACGAAUCUCUGAGGGAAUGGCGGGAGAACAAAUAUACCAUCAGCUUCCCCGAUCAAUCCGAGUGGGAAGCGUAUGUCAAUCUCCUCAAGGAGGAAAAGCUGCGUGCACUGGGUGUCUUCCUUGACCCCGAUCCACCCGCUUCAGCCGCCGGUAUUUCCCCAGGAGGAUCAUUGCCGAUGAGCCAGGCCUCGUCGCAGUUCCCUACUAACAACCAUCCGUUUUCUCCGCCAAUCCCAACAUCCUCCGCGGCGAGUAAUCCAUUUGGGCUACCCUCGAGCGCCUUCUCUGCACCAUUCAGCCAAGCUACCCUGGCAGCCUCAACACCUGGUGCAUUCGCGCCCCCUGCCGCAUCACCAUUUGGCUUACCGACCAGCUCCUCCUUCCCGACCCAGCCUGGCCUCAUCGGGGUAGAUCAUUCGUUUAACAGUCAAGGGUUCCCUUUCAUGCCCUUCCAACCAACCCCCCCUGCUCAGAGUGCUUUUGCGUCUCCGAAUUUCUUCGUUGGGCACCAGAGUGGUGUUUCUCCUGUUGGCUCUGGCGCGAAUAACCUGGCGACCAUGAAUAAUAUGAAUUCCAUGCUGCCGCCUGUUUCGCCGAUGGCGUCUGAUGAUGCGAAACAAAUGCAGUUGCAGUUUACCGGGACAUCUGGUUUGCUAUCGCAGUUGCAGGGGCCGCUGCCCAUUUUAUCUCAGCAGCAACGACAGCAAGAGCAACAGCAACAGCAGGAGGUAGAUUCCACUGAACUCAUUUCCCCGCCUUUGGCGGAUUCGGAUACGGUACAAUCCCCAUCAUCGGGUCCGGAAAUUGCACAUCCAACCCCGCGCGGACAUCGUCAUAACGUGAGUGAGACGCUACAGAAGGGCGUAGAGCAGGCUGAGUAUCACCUGGAAGAUGCGAUUCGGCGUCAGUUGGAGGAAGAUGAUAAGAAUGAGGGUGAGCAUGAGCGCGACCCCGCUGAUGACUUGAUGAAGUCUCGAUGGGCUGUUGCUGAGGAGCCGGUGUCGAACCUGUCCAACGUCCAACAGGCGAAGGUGCUACCGCAGCAGCGCCUCUUCGGUGAACGGAACGAUGGUGAGGAGGAUGAGGAAGAUCUCCCGCUCGAUGCGUCCGACAUCGAUACAAACCCUAGCCUCUCAGGCUCCUUCCACGGCCAGUUUGGCAACCAGCAGAACAGCUUUGACUCCAGCUCCCAUCACCAAGCGCAAGCCAGCGUAACCUCUUUCAAACAACGACACAGGUCGCGCACGUCUGUCUCAACACUCAAUGUCGAAGCGAAGGAAUUCGACCCAUCUGGCUCCUUCGCGUCCAAUACCUUUUCUUUCACGGGGUCUACCUUCCAGCCACCGCAACAACCACAUUAUUCAAAUACGAAUAAUAUCUUCCACCCAUCACCAUCCAUAUUCAGCCCGCGGGUGUCGCAGCAUAGCGCUACAUCCUCCAACGCCUUCAAUGUGACUGCCCCAUCAUUCGCGCCGAUCGGGGGCAGUAAUACUACCACAACCCCUUCACUCUCCUCAAAUACCAACUUCAACUUCUCCACCGCGUCCUUUAACAUAGAUGCACCUGUCUUUAACCCGGGCCGCAGUUUCGCCUCAGACACCACAGCGGAUGUCGCUGGUACAACGCCCGUGUCCGGCUCCGAGGCUGGCGGUGGGGCCUCCACAACGGCACCAUCAUUCACAGGUGGCAAGAUAUUCGGCGACUUCGACGCGUCCUCCCUAAUCAUCAAGCCGGCCAAGCGAUCAAAGGCCAUUCCGAUAAUUCGACCUGAUGACACUAAUACCAAUCAGACUAAUGUAAAUAAUAAUAAUAAGAAACCUGCGGACGCAGCGGGGAGAUCUGGGCCGCUUGGUCGGGAGAAGCGUGCUAGGCGAGCGGGGAGUGAUGGGGAUAGGGAGGUUGAGUUUACGCUCCCGAGUCAGAGUCCACGUGGUGGUGGAAAGGGGGAUGAUGUGGCACCGCUUAAUGAUAUAGUCGCGCCUGCGGAUUGGAAGGAGACCGCGACUCCGGAGCCCGAGUUGGUUGUGGAGGAGGCAAAGGGGCACGAGGAGAUCAGCUCUGGUCCCAAGGACAUUGCUCCUGCCGCUCCUCCUACUACUGUCGAUACCACCACGCCGACUGCUGAGGACCUUACUCCCAUCUCGAAAGACACGCCUAUUAGCCAAACUGCGGAGUGGCGGCCGUUUGAAUUCAAGAACGGAUUCGAGGCUGCUGCAUUUAAUGAUGCGUUCCCUUCAGGUCCUGGGCGUCAUGGUCUCGAGAGGAAGACAGACUCCAAGGGACAGGAUCAGAGUGAGCGAGUGACGGAUGAUACUGCUGCUGUCACUGUGGAACGUGCUGAAAUAUCCUUUAACGAACAAGACUCGAAUACCGUGAAUAAUGAGGUUGUUGCUGGUCCAUCCAAGCUAUCGUCAUCGGUGCUAAAACCCACCGCGGCGGCCUUUGAAUUCAAACCUGCCGCUCCGUUCGUUACCCUAGCGCCAGCUCCCGCUCUUACCAACGCUCCGGCUCCGGCGCCCGCCACUGUUAAACAGGCCCAACCACCAUCCAGCCAAAAGAAUAACGUCGGUCUCGAGGGCUCCCGAUACGCUGUGUCUACAACUCCUUCCUCACCACCGCCCGCCAAGUACCUCACAAAUACCAUUGCUCAACCACCUCCUCAAGUUGAAACUUCCGGAGAUCUGGAAGAGGAGGAAGAAGAGACGUUGCCACUGAGCGGAGUGAUGUCUGGUUCCGAAGAAGAUGCUGAUCACGAUUCCAUCGACGAGGCAGAGAUUGAUGCCGUCAUGAGGCAGCUGAACGACAAUAACUCGGAUCUCGGCAUUGAGCGAUUCAACACCCCACAGCCUCCCAACCAAGAAACGUUUGGACACCAGUUUACUAGGCCACGACUUGUUCCUAGCCAUGCAGUCCGUAGCAAUGCUCCCAGUCCAAGUCUACGAGGCGGCCAGCGCGGCCUCGGCAACCUGUCCAAGAUACACUCAGAGUUUGAUGGGCAGUCUCAGCACCUGCUCUCGUCUCAGCGAAGUGCUCUUAGCGGCAGUAGCCAAUCCCCAAUACGACAUCUCAAUAACCCUGAGAUCGAGCAUGUGAGUGAUUGGGAUGAUGUUGUUUCCGUGGCCGAGGAUGCGAAGCUCCGAGAGAGAAGCCGUUUCUUCGACAGACACGUGAAUGAGAUUGUUGGUGGUAUCCUAGAGAACCGUCUGGAUCCGCUUGAGCGGACGUUAUGCAUCAUCCAACAAUCUCUCGACGUUCUUGCUUCGCGAUCCGGCAGUCAGCGCAGGAGCGCUUCGGCUGAAGUUGUGGAGCAUAGUGAUGCAGAUGACGAAGAUGAAGAUGAUGACGAAGACCAGACAUUCAUGAAAUACAGGUCCAGAUCUCCCUUAAACAGGAGGGACAGACGUGUUGAUAAAAUCAAGCAAGCUGUCACUGAAGCGCUGGCUAGCCAGGUUCCUCGUAUUGAAACUAUUGCUCCACCACUCCCGCCUCCAGUCCCAGCUCCCGUCGUUGAUCUUACGGAAAUUCAAAAUGCGCUGGCUGAGCUGAAGACGCUUGCUGCGUCCAAACCGGUUGAGCCAGCUCCAGAGCCACCAAUUGAUGUCAGACAGGUCAUUGUCGAUGCCAUUUCAGAACACCCCAAACUUAAUGCACCUGUUCAAUCUGUUUCGCACAUCGAUAACAUGGAGGCGCUUAAGUUCCAAGUUGAGGGAAUGCAGACCAUGCUACGGGUUGCUGAAGAGCGGGCCGAGAAGGAGUAUCAAACACGCAAAGAUGCACAGGAUUCACUUGCACAAUGUCAACGGCUUCUUAGAAUUGCCGAGGAAGACGCAGCCCUUCACCGCGAAUCGGCUAUGAAGGCUGAAGAAGCCCUCAAGGACCUAAAGGAGCGGAAACUUCCUGAAACAGAGCGGAUUGAGAAACAGGCUAAGCUGCUUCAGGAACAACAGGAGAGUUUGCAACUCACUCUCUCGGAGCUGUCUGUGAAAAAUAUUACCCUCGAAGAAACUCUGGAUGAGUACAGGGUCUCUGGAGAACACUGGCGGUCGCAGGUUGAGCAGGUUAAAAGCGAGAAUAAGGACCUUAAACUUACAAUAAACCAUAUGAAGAGGCAGAUCGAGGAUAGCAUGGCUGCGAGACAGGGACUUCGCAAGAAGUUUGAACGGCUCCAGGAGGACAUGGCCAGUGCGUCUGGGAACCUUAGUUUCUACGAGGCUACCUGGCGGAAAAAGGAAGCGGACCUACUGGGCAAGAACAAUGCUCUUCGCGCAAAUUACGAGCGUGAAGUUAAGUUGAGAGAAAAAUUGGAGAUGGAGGUUGGCGACCUCCAGCAGCAGGAGAAGGAGGCAACCAAGCUGCGUUUCAUCUUCGGACAAUCGCAGCAGGAAAAUGCACGACUUGAGGAGCUGCUGAUGACUCUGCGACAAGAAAACCACGAUCUGCAAAACAAGGCUGCGCGGUUCGAGCGUGAGUUUAAUGAGGCGCGCGAGAGUAGCCAUGCGGAAAUUAAGAGGGCGAGGAAGUCUAUGGAGAGCGAUCUCGACGCGGCUAAUAACCAAGUUAACUACGUUCGUGCCGAGCUGGAGUCGCAAAUCAACAAUCUCCAGAACCAGCUGGAUAGUGUCAGGCUGGAUGCCGAUACAGCCAAGGCGAGACACGAGCUACAACUUGAAGAAGCCACGGAUGCGAAGCGGCUGGCUCUCGCAGAAGCUGCUGAGUCGAAAGAGAAUGCGCUUCAGGAGCAGCGGCUCCUGCACGAGCGCGGCCUCAAUGACCUCCGCGAACGCCAUGCCCGGGCAUUACACAAUGCUUCUGAGGAUCGGCAGCGCGGCGAGUCUCACUUGAUGGAACUGCUGGCGCUGCGCGAUGAGAAGAUUGAGCAUCUGGAAGACAAACUUGUCCUCGUCGAAGAGAAGCUUGAGAUUGCGAAAUCAGCAGCGCGCGCGGCGGCACAGGCGGCACAAAGUGCCAAGGGUGCUCCGUCCCGGCAACGCCAGACACCCAGCCAACCAACGUCGCCGUCCAUGACGUUCCGCAGAGGAUCUGAGAUUCCCGAGAAGAUCUCCCCGCAGGCGCUACGAGAGUCUAUCAUGGUUCUGCAGGAUCAAUUGCAGCAGCGCGAAGGACGUAUUGAGGAGUUGGAACAGGACCUCGCAGCCAUUGACAAAGAUGCACCUGCGAAGGUAAAAGAGCGCGAGACGGAAAUCAACUGGCUCCGCGAACUCCUUGGCGUCCGCCUGGAUGAUCUGCAGGAUAUCAUCAACACCCUCUCCCAGCCAAGUUUCAACCAACAAGCCGUCCGCGAUGCUGCCAUCCGCCUGAAAGCUAACCUGCAGAUGGAACAACAAGAGAAGGAACGCGCCAUGUCUGGCGGGAAUGGCAAUGGCAGCCAGCAAUUCUCAUCGCUAUCCACUCUCUCCAACCUCGCUGCCUCCCCGCGCUCCUUACCCUUAGCCGCCGCAGCGGCCUGGGGCAACUGGCGCAAAGCGCGCGAGAACUCCGUCGUCUCCGACCCACCAUCCGCGAAAACCAACGCCAAUGUCCCCGCCAAUGACCACCGCACCCCUUCCAAGGUCUCGAGCAAUAGCCCACCCAGCUUCCUCUCCGGUCUCCUGACCCCACCCAGCUCAAAUGUCCGCCAAUCACCAGCAGCAUACAGCGCCCCUGCCCCCCUGCCAAUGGGUUCCGGCAGCCGCCGCACCUACUCAGAAAGCCGACCACUAAGACACUACAACCAUAACAGCGUCGGCGGCAGCAGUAGCAGCACCGGUGGCCCACGCAGGCCCUCCACGCGCCAACGGGAGAAACUGCCCCAGCAGCUAGAGUUGGAGCGGGAGCCGCCGACGACGCCGCCGCUCCUGCGCCAGUCGAGCUACGACCAGGACGCCGAGGCGAGGAGCUAUAAUGGCGACGGGUACGGUUCGUAUGGUGGUGCCUAUUGCGAUGAUGGCGAUAGUGUGAUUGGAGGGAUUAUUUCGGCGGCGAGGGAUGGGGGAAGAGGUGGUAGCGGGGAUGUUGGGGAUGAUGGGGAUGAGGAUGGGCCGUUUGGGCCGUCUAUAUGAUCGAUUUGUUGUUGAUUGGGUGGAAAUUUUAAAAACGAAGAUGGUAAGAGGGUUUGGCGUGAGAGUAUGCCCCCUUCUUUUUUUUUUUUUUUUUUUUUCUUUCGUUUCUUCUAGAUCUUUCAUCUCUAUCCUCCAACAUGUUCCUGCAUCUCUACAGACCAGAUUGUAUAAUUUCUUUUUUUUUUUUUUUUGGUUUUAUAUUUUUUGACAUUUAUCUUAUUUCGUUUUUUACAUUUACAUUUUUUUUUUUUUUUCUUGCAUAGCGAUCGAUACCUCUUCUUCUCUUUACGAUUCCAUUCGCUUUUUGCUCCUACGGAGCACUGGCUACUCUGCCUCUAUUUAUAUUGUACAUUAAUAUCCCCCGAUUUCCGUUCUUCCUCUCAUUUCUAAUCGUUUUUCUCUUCUAACCCACCUCCUUAUUUUAAUCCCGUGGAUUUUCUUUUUUCCGCGCCCAUGCGGCAACACACCUACUCAACCCAGUCACUCACUUUUAGCAAGCAGAUCUGCCGUCUCCUUUGUCUUUCCUUAAUUUAUCUUCCUCGUUCUCCUUUUGUUACCUUGCCAGACAGACCAUGUUGAAAAGUCUUUGCAUAUAAUAUUCUAUAUAUGGUCCAUGCCACUUUUGCGCUUGUGAUUGGUUGGCUCAGGACAACGCACACCUGAAGCUCUUCCCUACUUCUUUAUACCCCCCAUCUUUCAUUUGAAUAUUUUACUUUUUUGGCUCUUUGGCUUUUUUCUAAACCUUUUUUUUUCUUUUUCUAGAUACCACAACACUAUCUUGAAUUUUUGGAACUUCUCCUUCUCUUUCUCAGUAUCUGCGCUUCGAAAAUCAAAUUGCCAUAUUCUCCCCCUUUUUGCUCCGUGAUUUUUUUCUCGAUGAUUUUAAUUUUUUUUUUCUUUCCUCCCUUGGAUGAGUUAACUCAUAGUAUAAAUGAAUGAGAGGUUUUACCUUCGUUUCCUAUUAGAUUUAUCCAUCCAUAUACACGUACAUAUAUAUUUCUUAUAACCUUUCAACAGAAACGAGAACCGCAGAGCUAACAAUAAUCUAACACUUGAUAAAAAC